AUGAUUUCUGGAGUAAUACUAUCCGAGCAGUAUUCUCGGCCACCUUCGCGAGCACUAUUCAUCAAGGACAAUCUGCUCGGCGGGGGUCGCAAGUUUGCCAGGACAAUUAAGGAGCGCUUUGCUCGAAGUGCUUCGUUGUCAACCUUUCCUGCUCAAGAGGCUCUUUCGACGCUCGCUACUUCCACUCCCGAAGCAGAGAGACCUGACAGUAUAACUGUAGACCCAAUCUCUGUACAGAGAACACUCAUGAAUGCCACCAAUAGAUCCAUCGACUCAUUGGCCGCAGAACACAUCCUGUGCCCACUAUGUCAGACGUCCAUCGAUUCCUCCCGCCUUCUUCAUAACCCAUCUCGGGGUUCAGAAGACUUCCGUCACUACUCUGAUUGCGCAACACUUGAAGCAUCAGUGUCGGAUGGAGGAUGCCACCUCUGUUCCCUGUUCCUUGGAAAGGUUAGGCAGCAGCAGCAGCAGCCAAUAACUGGACCUAUUACUGUCACACUUCAAGUGUCGCGUUCAAUUGGGAUAACUCUGGUGGUUGGGGGGGAAACUGGUAACCAGAGAAUAGGUGAUCUCGCUGUUGUCCCAGUCGAUGACGUGGAGAACCCCAUUACCUCCACAUCCACUAGUGCAAAAUUCACGUUUCCAAAUGAAAGCAGUUCCGAACAUGCACGGAUUGCAAAGUCGUUGGCUUCGGAAGCGUCAUUCUUUCUCGCUCGGGAGUGGUUGAAACAGUGUCUGCAGAAGCACCAUAAGUGCAUGGAGGCAGCCAGUGCAACACGGAUAAGGACUGGUCCCAGUCGGCUUAUUGAUGUCGGGGGUGAUGAUGGGGCAGAACCCCGGGUUGUAAUAACCCAGGGACUGAGUGAGACAGAGCCAGAGUACCUGACACUCAGUCACUGCUGGGGUGGGGCCAAUAUUCUUCGACUUCUUGUAGAGAAUAUCAGUAGGCUAACGGCAGGAAUACCGUUGUCUACCCUGCCAAAAACGUUUCAGGAUGCAAUUAUCAUUACACGACGUUUGGGGUAUCAAUACCUCUGGAUUGAUUCCCUCUGCAUAAUCCAAAACUCCCCCUUUGACUGGCGCUCCGAAUCCAUAAUCAUGGGCGAAAUAUAUGCUAAUUCCACCUGCACCAUUGCCGCCCUCACUGCACGCAACUCCCAUGAGGGCUGCUUCUUUGAUCACGCCCGGAACCCGCUUUUUUUCCGACCGUGUCGUAUUCUGGAUCGUUGGUAUGUCGAAGGCAACUCCAAUGUUGGCAUUGAUUUGCGGACAGGACUAUCGCCACUUCCGCUUCACACGCGUGCAUGGGUCGUUCAGGAACGGAUACUUGCUCCUAGGACACUUUACUAUGGCUCUACGGGGCUUGCAUGGGAAUGUGUAGAGUGUUCGGCGACAGAAGCAUUACCGGGUGGGGAGGUGAGCAGAUUUUCGCCCAAAGCGUCUUUCUUCGGCAUACAACAGCAAUCCGACAAGGAGAAAUACAACGCCUGGACAGAUAUCCAAAUCUCAUAUACACGGUGUCUCUUGACGCGGUUUGAUGACAGGUUGGUGGCGAUAUUGGGUGUGAUAAAGCGGAUUGAGAUGUUGACGGGGUGGACAAAUGUGUGGGGCAUGUGGAGGGAGAGAUUAUUGAUGGAUAUGCUAUGGUUUGUGGAGGAGCCGACAAGGGGGAGACCGGAGACUGAUGUAUAUUUGGCGCCAACUUGGUCAUGGGCGGGGAUCGAGGGGAGAGUGAUGAUGGCGACCGGAUCUGAGGAACAAAGGAGGUGGACAGCAGAGGUCGUCGAGGUCGGGUCACUUGGGGAACGAGGAUACGUUCGGCUUAAGGGAAUGAUGAAGAAAGUGAAAUGUACCGCUGAGUGGCAGUUGAACCCUGGUAUCGAAAUGCCAGCGCCAAAAUGGGAGGAGGUAGACUGGGAUCCGGAUGUGGUACCGACAGCGGACGACAUGGGGAAGGACAUGUGGUGCAUAUUGAUUGCAAGGCUGCCGGAGUAUCUUGGAAGGGGUGAAGCGUUUGACACCGGAUUGGUGGUAGCUCUGAAGGGAGGGGAAUGGGUACGGAUUGGGAUAUUUAGACAGCUGCGGGAGGGGAGUGCCUUGUUCCCUGAGAAUGUGGCAGAUGUUACUGAAGUGGUGAUUGUAUGA